AUGUCCCCGGAGCCCUUAGAAUAUAAGGAUCAUCGUCAGAAGUUACCAGACGACGCAAAGAACACGAAGCACCAUGUACUCGCUUACACGAAGUUACUUGCCCUCGCUAUUGCUGGCUUACUUUCAGUCGGGGUCAUCAUGUUGGGACUGAUCCGGCCGAGGCAAUUCCAUGUUAAAGACUUGGGCAGGAGAGGUCUCUGCGACGGUUCUCGCUCUGGGCCCCAGCCUCAAGCCGGCAGCCUCAAGCCGGACAAGCUGGAGCGCUGGAGAAGACGGAACCCAGAAGCAGGCCCGCACUGA